AUGUGGAUCAACUGCGGGAAACUCUCCGACUUUACGCAGGCGCGAUACGUGGUCCGUCUGACCACAAACAAGAAAGUGGUCUUAUUCCGGCUUCCGACGAUCGACAAAUCAAGCUUGAAAUCAAACGAGACCAAUGAUGGCUGGUCGUAUUACGCCAUGGAGGCAGAAUGCCCACAUGCCGGCGGUCCGAUGGCCGACUCCUCAGUUGAUAUCGAGGACUCGGCAUAUGUCGUGUCAUGCCCGUGGCACGCAUACGAUUUCAACGUAGAGACCGGUGAAUCGAGCGUCGGUAUCAAGGCCUGCACGUUCCCCGUGGAUGUCCGCGGCGAGUUUGUUGCGCUGGAUUUCCCCGUUGAGGAUGGGGUUAGCGUGGGUCUUGCUAGUGUUGACCCUGUUAGUGAGAAGGUUAAACUCAAGCACCCGCGACCUGCGGAGAAGGCUGCUGCCGCCACCACCACCACCACCACCACUACUGCUCCUUCUGUUUCUGAAUCUUCCUCUGCGGGUCGAGAGGAUCCCGGCAUAGCGACUUAUCUCGGCGAGGACGCGACGCUAUGUGACUGGGCCGCGCACGUUCUCAAUACCGCCAAUCCAGAGCACAAGAUCGAGCUGACUACACAUCUUUUCUCUAUUUUCGCUGCUAGAGAGACUUCCGAUUCACCCAUGCCGCUUGGCAGGGGCACUGUCGCCCCGCCUGACCAGCCGCCACGCGAGAAAAUGGAAACCGUUGACCCGGGCCACAUGCCGAAGGCAGGACGAGGCGGGACCUUGAAGAGCCGCAUUGCCAUGCUCCAUGCGCUGGCCAAUAUCGAACUCUGGGCCAUUGAUCUGGCUAUUGAUAUCUGCAUCCGCUUCGCGACGUUCCAAACAGAAGGCACGUCCCAGGAACUUCCACGCGCAUUCUUCUAUGACUGGUUGAAGGUCGCGAAUGACGAGGCUAAACACUUCUCCCUCCUCCGUACUAGACUAGAGGAGAUGGGAUCUAGCUUUGGUUCGCUUCCAGUUCACCACAGUUUGUGGCUAUCGGCAACUGAAACUGCAUACGACCUCCGAGCGAGAAUUAGUAUUAUCGCCCUGGUACACGAAGCACGGGGGUUGGAUGUCAACCCCAUGACGAUUGAGAAGUUCCGCAAAUCUGGUGAUGGUGAGAGUGUGGCGACGCUGGAGAUUAUUCACAACGAUGAAAUUACACAUGUUACUACUGGUCACCGGUGGUUGACGUGGAUCUGUGCCCAGGAGGGAACUGAUCCUGUUCAGGUUUUCCGGUCGAAUGUGCAGAAGCAUUUCAAGGGUCCGAUUCGGGGUCCAUUUAACGAAGAAGCACGCUUGCAGGCUGGAAUGGACAAGCGCUAUUAUGAGAACUCGUGUGUUCCUAGUGCGGGAAUUGCAGCUUCAUGA